CAAAGAGUUAGAAAACGAAUUUGAUAAUAUUGGAUUCUCUCACUAUAGAUGCACGGCACAUGUCUUGAAUCUGGUGGCAAAGCAAGAAUUGAAAAUGGUUGAUUCAGCUUUUAAAGAAAUUAGAUAUCUAAAAGCUGAGCUUGAUAUGGAAGUAAGGUGGAAUAGUACAUUUUACAUGUUACAAAAAUUUAAAAAUAUGGAAUUAGCUUUAAAUCUUCUUAGUAUUGAUAAUAACUCGAUUGCUAAAUUGUAUCCUAAUAAUGACGAUCAACAAAAAUUACAAAUAA